UUGUGCGAGUUCACCGAUUUUGAUGGCUCUAGUUUGGGACCUCAAUUUAGCGACACCAAAUCGGAGGCCUCCUCUUGCAGCUCCAUUGGAACGACAUCGAAGCCGACACUCGUCGAGCCCAAAGCCGAAGUCUUCGAUGUCGAUCUUGCAUAUUCUAGCUUCGACUCGCCUAUCAGCGACCUGAAGGUCGUUCCCUUUCCUUCGUCCAACAUCCAUAACGUCGGUGUUACUCCUUCUCCUCCACGCUCUAUUGCCGGAACCAAGCGCCGCCGGCCUCCACCGCUGAGCUUAACCGGAGCCUCUACGGCUCCCGCCCUUGUCGGAAACAGUACGAACGUCGGAGUAAAGGAGCCGACGAGGCACUACCGGGGAGUGAGACGCCGGCCAUGGGGAAAGUUUGCUGCGGAGAUCCGGGAUCCGGCGAAGCAAGGUGCUAGGGUUUGGUUGGGGACUUUCGACACCGCAGAAGAGGCGGCUCGCGCCUAUGACCGAGCGGCCUAUCAGAUGAGAGGGAGCAAGGCCAUUCUCAACUUCCCGCUAGAAGCCGGAAGCUACGUGGCACCGAGCGAAGACCACACGGCCAGCCGGAAGCGGAAGAGUCACGAGAACGAAGGCCGAGAGGUUGCAGAGCCCAUGGCAACGAAGAGGGAGAGACGCGAACCAAUAAUCAACGACGACUCAAAGGCCGCCGCCGUCCAGGAGAGCGGGCCACUGACACCGUCCAUCUGGCCGAGCACGACGGACCUAAACGGAAUCUUCUCCAUCCCUCCCCUGUCUCCCUUGUCGCCCCACCCGCUAUUUGGAUAUCCUCAGCUUCUGGUGAGCUAAGGUCCUGAAAUUCCGCCCCGAUCGACGAAAUCCACAGUUUGACCGGAACUAAACUUGUUGUUCAUGACAUGCACUGCAACUCUGUGCAUGGAAUGAGUACAUGACAAGGAGAUCGAAGUGUACAGAAUAUGACCAUUUUUUCACUUUAAUUCAUUGCUUUGUUCUUGAAAACUCUUGAAUGACAAACUGUAUAAGAACCACCGAUUGCUGAGAAAAUUUGAGAUUGAUCAAGAACUUUAUAUUGCA